CACCCCCUCAUUUGCCUUGGGACCAAAUUCUAUCUGGGUGUCCCUACUUUAAGCCUCUUGUGACAAGGCGCCAGGUGUAGCUCAGUUUUGGGCAGAACUGUGUCUUUUCCAUCUUCUGCGCCCAUCUCCUUAAGAUCCCGGAUUUAGAGCUGGAAACCUCCUUGGAGAGAAUCAAGUCUCUCAUUUUACAGACGCGGACGAGGAGCCCAGAGAGGGGACUGAUUUUCUAAAUGUCUCGCAUCUGUAUAAGGAGCAGAAUCGGAAUUCGAACCCAGGGUCGUUGCCUUCUCCCCAGCCUUGCUUUGCUCCAUUUUCCAGACGGGUUUGGAGGACAGUUGGGAAGAGCGGAUGGAGUGGGAGUCAUCAGACUCCUCGUUCUGAAAUUUCCAGUUUGUACCUCCUUUUGGCCAUUGGCCUAGAAGAAAGUGAGGAAGCAGGGGAAUUCCCCUCGGGUAACUAAACUUUGGACUCAGCAUCUGGGCAGGGAUGAAGAGUUACCCGGGAAAAGGAGAAGAAGAAAGGAUGGUUUCUCUCUCUCCCUCCCUCCUCCACUCUCCCCCCAUCCCCACGCCCGUCUGAGCUGGCGCAGUUUGGGUGCCCGGCUGUGGCGAGGAGGGAAGGGACCUUGUCUGUUCCGUCCUUGCUUCCUGACUCUGCCCUGCGCUGCCUCUCCUCCCUAGACUCUCGCACGCACCAAACCGGCAGGAGCGUUCAGAAGGGGCGGGGCAACGACAGACACCCCCUCAUUCCUCCAGCUCCACACAUUCCACAGCCUACAUCCUGCACCGCGUAUCCAUCCAGCCUGUAGCUGUUGCAAGCGCUCCCGGCGGUAGCCCAGCUAGCUGAACGGAAGGCACCUGGAUCUGUCUAAUCCAGACCUGAGGAGCGUCCUGGGACCUUAGGCUGAGUCCCUGGACAAUGAGACAUGCCAGGUGGACAGUGUGGGUCUUGUGGACCAUAAUUAGUCUCUCAGAAGAAGAUGCUCCUAAGCAGACUUCUAUGUCAUGUGAUCCUGUUGGCAUCUGUGAUGGCCAUUCCAAGUCUUUGGGCACCAUUCCUUCAGGCCUGACGGAGGCUGUAAAACAGUUGGACCUGUCCUUCAAUAGUAUCUCAUACAUCAGAGAAACAGACCUUCAGAACUGUGUCAACCUGGAAGUUUUGUUGUUGCAAUCUAACCAAAUUCGUGAAAUAGAACCAAAUUCUUUUCAGUCCCUGGGAAAUUUGAAACAUCUGGACUUGUCCAAAAAUAACUUGUCUCACUUGUUACCCUCCUGGUUUAAUUCCCUCCCUUCCUUGCAGGUUCUACACUUGCAGGGCAAUCCCUACCCACGACUUGGACCAAGCCCUCUUUUUUUGCACCUCCCCAAUUUGAGGGUUCUUAAAGUAGGGAACAACAUCUUAGAGCUUCAGAAGCAAGACUUUGAAGGGCUGAGUAUGCUGGAGGACUUUGAGAUUGAGGCAUAUUAUCUGCAGAAAUAUGAGCCAGGAAGUUUGAAGUCUAUUCACAACAUAAGCCACCUGGCUGUCAGCAUCAAGAAGCCAAUUUUACUGCCUAACAUCAUGGUUGACCUUGCAAGUUCUUUGCAGUGUCUGGAACUGAGAAAUACUGAUAUGGAAAAUUUUUAUUUUUCACUGCCAUCUGAUGCUUCCAGUGUACUUAUUGAGAAGAUUAUAUUUAGAAAUGUGCUAUUCACAGAUAAAAGUUUUAUUGAAAUUCUUAAAAUGUGUUCCUUUGCUUCUGAGUUGUUGGAAGUUGUGUUUGAGGAUUGUGAACUUAAUGGAAUUGGAGACUGGGAAGAUGUGCCUCUAAGUGCAAUUGGAAAUCAAAGGAAAGUUGAAGCUAUCAUCAUUCAGAGGUUACGGAUUGGAAACUUUUACAGAUUUUAUGACCUGAGCUCUGUGUAUUCAUUAUUAGGAGGAAUCAAGAGAAUCACCCUCACAAGUAGUAAGGUUUUCCUUGUCCCUUGUGAACUCUCAAGAAAUUUGAGAUCCCUAGAGUAUUUUGAUCUCAGUGAUGGCUUGAUGAGUGAAAAUAGUCUAGAAAAUUCAGCUUGUGAGGGGGCCUGGCCCAGUCUGCACACCUUAAGUUUCAGUCAAAAUAAAUUCGAAUCUCUGGAAAGAGUGGGGGAACUCUUGCUGACUGUGAAAAACCUGACUCACCUUGACAUUAGCAAAAAUAGACUUGACUCCAUGCCUGACAGUUGUCAGUGGCCAAGAAAGUUGAAAUAUUUGAACAUCUCUAGCACGAAAACCCAAAGAGUAACUCCAUGUAUCCCCCAGACCCUGGAAAUCUUAGAUAUCAGUAAUAACCAGCUCAUUGAUUUUCACUUGGAUCUGCCACAGCUUAAAGAGCUUUAUCUUUCCAGAAAUAAGCUAAAGACCCUACCAGAUGUUGCUAAUUUCCCCAAUUUAGUGGCAAUGAACAUCAGUUGGAACACAGUGCAUACUUUCUCUAAGGCACAGCUUGAGUCCUUUCAGACAAUGGAAAGUUUGGCAGCUGGACACAACAACUUCAUUUGUUCUUGUGAAUUUCUGUCUUUUGUCUCCAAUGAACAAGCCCUGCUGGCUAAAAUCCUGACAGAUUGGCCAGAAAGCUACCUCUGCGAUUCUCCAUUCCAGGUAAGGGGCAAACGAGUUCAGGACGUUCGACUUUCCUUCUCUGAAUGCUACCGAGUGCAGCUGGUGGCUGCAAUCUGUUCUUUCCUUUUCCUGUUUGCCUUGCUGGCUGGGGUUCUAUGCUACCGGUUUCAUGGCAUCUGGUACAUGAAAAUGAUGUGGGCCUGGCUCCAGGCCAAGAGAAAGCCCAGGAAAAACAUAGAUCGGGAGAUCUGUUAUGAUGCUUUUGUUUCCUACAGUGAAGGAGACUCUAACUGGGUUGAGAACUUCAUGGUCCGAGAACUGGAGAAUUUUGACCCCCCCUUCCGACUGUGUCUCCACAAGCGAGACUUUGUGCCUGGCAAGUGGAUCAUUGACAACAUCAUUGACUCCAUCGAUAAGAGUCAUAAAACACUCUUUGUGCUUUCAGAAAGCUUUGUCAAGAGUGAGUGGUGUAAGUAUGAGCUGGAUUUCUCCCACUUUCGCUUCUUUGAUGAAAACAAUGAUGCAGCUAUUCUUAUCCUCCUGGAGCCCAUUGAGAAGAAAGCCAUUCCUCAGAGAUUCUGCAAGCUUCGGAAGAUCAUGAACUCCAAGACCUACCUGGAGUGGCCCAGGGAUGAAGCUCAGCAGGAGGUGUUUUGGCUCAAUUUGAGAACUGCUAUAAAGUCCUAGGCACAUGGAGCUCAAAACUUAGCUCUAUCAUUCCUAGCCUGUAGGAAAUGACACUAUAUAUUUUCCCCCUAUUUUUCUGAACAAAGACCAGAUUGUCCCCAAUAUCUAAGGCUCUCACCAGUGGCUUUUAUGGCUUGUGGAGUUACAUUAGACCUUCUGGACUUCAAAGCUCUAAGUGAUUUUGUGUUUACUUCAUGAGAUUGCUUGUUCACAUCCAAGUAGAGUGCUGGUUCAGUCACUGUCUGGGUCACUUGAUUUCCUGAUACAAACUGUUAUUAUUACAAUUUUUUUCAGUCUGACCAUUUGCCUAAACUGGUUAGGGACUACUGCUAAGAAUCCAGGGCUGUUACAUUUAAAAAAAAUAGCACGAAUAACUCCAUUUUGCUCUUUACCCACAGUUUUGUGAAAUUAAAUCUCAAACUCACCUGAUUUUAAGUCACAAGAUUACUCCUCCUUUCAAUGGUCACCUCACUUCAGGAAUGUGACAAAAACUACCUCUCUCCUUCUCACCAAUAAGAAACCAGGUGGCUCAAUCCCUACAUCUUUUUUUUUCCAACUCCCUCCAAGUUGUAUAUUAACUGUGUAGAAACCAACGGUCUUGUCUCUUGUUCUGCUGACAGCCUGAGACCCAGUUUGUUUCUGCACCCACAUGUCUUACUAAAUAAAUCAUUUGUCUGGAUGA